UAUAAUUUUUGUUAAAAAAAAAAAAAAGAACUCUUACAAGUGAGUUCUCUUCUUCAUUAAAAUAUUUAUUUUACUAUUGAUCAUAGUUAUAAUUAAUUAUAUCUAAGGAUACUAAUUAAUCUUGCAAUUAUGAUGCGUUUAUUGUUCUUGCUUGCUUGGGUUUUGGUGCUACUAGAAUCAUCACUGGCUUCGGCAAGCGUUGUGGAACACUCAUUUUACGUGAAAAAUGCGACACUGAAAAUAUUGUGUGAGAAACGAGUAAUUACAACAGUGAAUGGAAGUCUACCAGGCCCUUUGAUUUGUGUCCAAGAGGGUGACACCGUCAUUGUUCACGUUGUCAAUCAGUCACCCUACAAUAUUUCAAUCCAUUGGCAUGGUUUGUUUCAGAAGCUAACUCCAUGGGCGGAUGGACCAUCAUACAUAACUCAAUGUCCGAUUCAACCAGGACAUAAUUAUACAUACAAAUUUAACGUAACUGAACAAGAGGGAACACUUUGGUGGCAUGCUCAUAGUAGAUGGCUUCGAGCUACCGUUUAUGGAGGAUUCAUUAUACACCCAAGAAACGGCCUAUCAUACCCCUUUCCUAAACCACAUAAAGAAUUUCCUAUCAUCAUUGGGGAGUGGUGGAAUGCUAAUGUACUCGAAGUCGAACAGCAAGGCUUGGCCACCGGAGCAGCCCCUAAUAUAUCCGAUGCCUACACAAUCAAUGGUCAACCUGGUGAGCUUUACGCCUGCUCGAAAAACCAAACCACCAAAUUUGAGGUUGUCCAAGGAAAAACCUACUUACUCCGCAUUAUCAAUGCUGCACUCAACAACCAACACUUCUUCAAGGUAGCAAACCACAACUUCACAGUGGUAGCAAUCGACGCUGUUUACACCGUCCCGUAUGAAACAGACGUCGUGGUGACCGGACCAGGCCAAACAGUUGAUGUCCUCAUGACAGCCAACCAGCCUAUUUCCUCAUACUACGCGGCAGCCAAACCGUAUGCAAGUGCACCCGGUGUACCAUUCGAUAACACAACAACAACAGCAAUUUUUACCUAUGUUAACAGCACACAUUCAACACCGGUAAUGCCUGCAUUACCAGCCUUCGAUGACACCCCUACGGCUCAUAGGUUUUAUUCAAAUCUAACCGGCCUUACCUCUGCUCGAUUCUGGGAGCCAACGAUACUAGAUGUCGACGAGCAUAUGUUCAUGGCAAUUGGGCUAGGCUUAGUUUCGUGUGGAAAAAACACAAGUUGUUUAGGCCUUUUCAAUCAAAGUUUUGCUGCUAGUAUCAGCAACUUUUCUUUUCAGUUACCAACAAAGAUGUCCAUAUUAGAGGCACAUUACUCUAAUGUCACGGGUGUGUACAAUACCACGUUACCGGACACGCCUCUUGUGCCAUUCGAUUAUACGAACCCCAACAACAGUCUGAACCGGAACUUGUUGAUGACCACGAAAUCGACGACUGUGAAGCGGGUUAAGUAUAACACUACGAUUGAGAUUGUGUUUCAGGACACUUCUUUGGUGGGUAUUGAGAAUCAUCCUAUGCACAUUCAUUGUUUUAAUUUUCAAGUACUUGCUCAAGGGUUUGGUAAUUAUGAUCCUAAUGUGGACCGUCAAAAGUUCAAUCUUGUUAAUCCGCAAAUCAGGAAUACCAUUGCUGUGCCUACUGGUGGUUGGGCCGUAGUUAGAUUCCGAGCUAACAAUCCAGGUGUAUGGAUAUUGCAUUGCCAUCUAGAUGUUCAUCUAACAUGGGGUUUAGCUAUGGCUUUUAUUGUUGACGAUGGCGGCACUCCGGAAACAACCUUACCGCCGCCACCUGCGGACUUGCCAAAGUGUUGAAAUCAAUAAUAAUGUGCCCAAUGUUUAUGUAAAUAUAUACCAUUUUUUUUUGGUAAAUGAUUCAUGCAAGUCUUCAUUCUUCACUGAUUGUUUAUGUUACGCAGCAUCAAUUGUAUGUUUGGAUAGAUCCUUAUGUUUUGUGUGUUACAUUGUAUAAUAAUUUUGUUCUCUAUUGUAACUACAUACGAGUGUAUAAAUAACAUUUUACAGUCAAUAUAUAAUAUUUUGUUGGGCUUGGGUCACCCACCUUGUUA